AUGGCGGUCCUCUAUACAAGUAUUGAUGACUUUGCCCCGCUCCGCUGUACGCUUCGCCCAGAGAGCGGUGGCUCUCACACAGGUCGGGGCCCUCGUGUGGAUCUCUUUCCUCAACAGGCUAUUCAACGCGAAGAAGUCAAACUUUCACCACCCAGCGUGGGUGUGAUAACAUAUGUCCCGACGGACUACGUGCAAGAGGCACUCGCAGAGAUCGAGUCGCUCACAAAGCAUAUACAAACCAUGGCUUUACGCAUUCGUCAACUCGAGGGUUCUCUGCAGGCAGCACAAGCGUCUCAAUCAUCUCAAUCCUCAGGCUCAUCUCCAACAACUGGUGGGCAUGAUAGCUCCGGAACAUGUUCUUCUGAGCUGCUGUCCUUGACGCUUUCCAAUCUUCCGGCCGACGAUCAAACCAAGAUGGUGGAACGAAUAAACCUCCUUAGAAUGCUCCCAACUGAGGAUUUUGCCGUCAUGCUGAUCGACAAAUAUUUCAACGAUUAUGGCUGGCUAAUUCGCCCCAUUUCGCGCGAUCGUGUUACGAACGUUCUUCUGGGACGAGCUUACACGGUUCCAUGCGCCGCUACGGAUGCCCAACUCAGUGCCCUCUUCUCUAUCUUCGCCAUGGCCACUGCAGGGGAAAGGCAGAAUCCCACACCAUGGCUCACCUCUGCGCAACUGUAUGAGGCAUCGAUGACCGCACUCCAACUUAAUGAAGUACUUACGGAAGUUGAUAUCGAAACGAUUGAAGCCAUGCUUUUGCAAUGCUGCUAUCUCUACUUCUCUUCUGACCUCGGAGACAUCCAAAAGAGUUGGAACUACUGUGGUGUCGUGGUACGAAUGGCAUUCGGGAUGGACCUCCAUCGUGACCCUACAACGCUUGGCCUAGGCGAUGAGGAAUGUCAAAGACGACGACGUGUCUUCUACGAGCUUAUUACUUUGGAUGCUUGGGAGGCAAGAUCAACCGCAACAAAUAUCUCCGUAGUGACUGAUGUGGCUUCACAGUCUAUGGUCUCGAAUCGACCACCAGCCACCCAGCCCUCGUUAUUUUCAACUAUCGAACCAUUGGAAACUAUAAUACCAAUCGAAAGUAACCCAGAUUUCUUUCGCUGGAAAUAUUCUCUCAUUCGGAACGUCGUUUAUCCGCUAAUCAACGAGGUUUUAUGCUGCCCUCAAACUCCUUCGUAUUCUGCUAUUCUUCAAAUCGAUAAGCUCAUUCACGAGCACACAUUCCCGGAGAGUCUUCAAUGCAUCGACUUUCGGACAGCGCCUUUGCACGUUUUGCUACCAUCCCAGCAACUACUUCUCAUGAAGGAAGUCGUUCUCAUGAAGUUGCACAAGCAGUUUUUCCUUGGCGCGCUCAAAGAGAGACCGGAUAAUCCAUUCCAACAGCCAUCUGGAUACUCUGUUUCUACCGAGCUUGACUGCUCACGACGACUGCUGAAGCGUUUGAGGAUGAUUGUUGUUGACUGUGAGAGAUCCCUUCCUCCUAUCAAUGUUCUCUGGGAGGCUGCUUUAGCGUGCCUUGGAGUCCUUUCGACCUAUAUUCGUCAGGAUACACAUUCAUCUAUAGCCAGAGAGCUGUAUAUCGAGUUUGAGAUGGGGUGCAAGUUGGUUGCUGACCGCUCGGGAGACACGCGUCGACUAUCCCAGAUUACGGGUCAGGUCUAUGAACUGCGUCACAAAGUACACCAGGCUGUUCCACAUCUGAUGAAUGAGCUGCGUCAAGCACUUGCAGCCCAGACCGAGCCAAGUCCGCGGAAUGUUCCAGAGCAUCUCUUUGCAAGCAAUUCCGGAAUAGUCGCUCUCGAAUAUCCUUUAGGACCGCCCGCACACGCAGCACCCCAACCUCUGGGUUACAUGAAUAUGUUCCAGACCCUCGUGCCUGCUUCGGACUUGGAAGCCCAGAUUGCAGGUCUCACAGAAGCAGACUUUGACUUUGAUGUCUAUGAAGACAUGGACAGAGAGUUGCUUGAUCAGCUCGGCGCGACAGGCAAUCCUACGGUCGAGGUCGACGCCCUGAACCGAAACAUUGAGGGCAUGACGGCCCGUAUUCGCGCCCUGGAAACUGCACUUCAGAAAGCUCAAGAAGGACAUGUCACUGCUUCCUCGAGUAGCGCAAGCGCAAGUCCUCCUCCAAUCUCCGUCACCUCGGAUUUUGCUACCAUCAUUCAGCAGAAGAAUUCUAGUGAUCAUUUAGGCAACGAUAUCAAGAGAAUACGUGUACUCGAGCUCCUACCCGACGAAGCUCUUGCAUGGAAGCUCGUCGAGCAGUUUUAUAUGAGCUAUGGCUGGCUGAUGCAACCAGUGUCCAAAUCCCAUGUAAUCGACGUGUACCUCAAGCGCUCCUACUCAAAUCCAUGUGUCGCAUCGAGUUCAGAGCUGAGUGCUCUGUUCGCCAUCUUUGCUAUGGCAGUCGUAGGAGAAGGUACCCAACCGCCCAGAACUCGGCAAUCAGCCUCGUUCUUUUACGAGGCAUCCAAGGCCGCGCUCCGCCUCCAGGACGUACUCGCAGAAGGAGACAUUGGGACGGUGGAGGCCAUGACCUACCAGGGAUAUUACCUCUACUUGGUAUCGGAUGAAUAUGACUUGCAGAAAGCAUGGAUAUAUCUUGGAAUCACCAUUCGCCUCGCCUACUCGAUUCAACUUCACAUUGAUCCGGAAGGACGCGGUUAUUCUGAAGCAGAGUGUUUACGGCGCCGAAGACUCUUUCAAGAGCUCGUGACAUUUGACAUAUGGAUGUCCAUGGUAAUGGAACGCCCUCCAGCAUUCCAUGAUUCCGUCGUCUCGACAAGAGCUCCGGUAGAGACCAUUGAUACUGUUGGAUCCAAUGCAACUUUCUUGCAGUGGAGGUACAAGUUAUGUCGCGAUGCCGUGGCCCCCUUGGUCCAAGUCGUCCUGUGCGGAACCAGCCCGAAAAACUACUCGCAAGUUAUACAAAUCGAGAAUAUUGUCAUGGAUUACGUGGUUCCACCAGAGUAUGAGGCGCUGGACCCACAGACUGCCGACCUUGUUCCUCUCCUGCAAGCCCAGCAGAUGCGACUUUACCGAGAGAUUGUGCUUGUGAAGCUCCACAGAGCUUACUUCAUCCUCGCCAUCGAGGAGAUGCCAGAUCGACCCUUUGAGCACUAUGCUGCCCGCUCGGUUACAGUUGUACUAGAUUGCAUAGGCUCUCUUAUUCGUCGCAUGUCAAGACUUUCGGUCGAAUGCCCUCGCCUAUUACUACAGUUGAACUGCCCAUGGCACGUCGCACUAGUUUCGAUGUCGUAUCUAGUACGAAUCCUCCAGCAGGUCACGGAUACGACGCUGCUCCAAAAUGUCCGUUCAGAGUUUGAAAUGGGAUAUAAACUUCUGCAAACCGGUGCAUCCAUCAAUUCCAGGUUGGCGAGGUACUUUGUACGUGUGGUUCACUCUUCAUCCGCAAACCCAGAUCUCAAACCUUCGUUUCAGCCUUACCUCGAGCAACUGCGACAAACGGCUGCUGGGGAGUUGUCGACGACACUUGUCACUCCGGGAAUGUCCUCGCUAGCCCGAAAUCUCUCACUUGACCUUUCCAUUCACCCGACUGCUCCUCCACUCCCAGGCUAUGAUGAUGCCGCGGUUCAGCUGUAUCCACUACCCACAGCGUCAGUACCCUCUCAUCAUUCGGUUCCUAAUGCACUUGAAUCGCAUUUCUUGGACUUUGCUCCAAAGGAAGCGACACCAGACGAGUGGCAUAACUUAUUCCCCCACGGAACUGAUGAUCAGUUUGAGCAUCACCAGCUUCCGCACAACUAUAUUGUUCCAUCUCAAUGGGAUAUGCUCCGAUAA